ACAAGAACAAGCAACCUCAUUUCCAAAACAAAAAAUACGGCCAAAAAAAAAAAGAAAGAGAUCCCUGUUUGAUUGGUCUGACACCAAGAACAAAGUCCUUGACAUCCUCACAGCAUGUAAUAGCAACAUGUCGCUAGAGUUCCCAAGGCAUGCUCCUUGCUGGCACAAGCAAUGGCCUAUAUAGUCAACCAGUAGCAGGCUACCAGCAGGACAUGGCUGCGGCGCCGGCAUAGUAUCGCAGACCAGGCCAGAGAGACGCGCGAGCAGGCAAGUCGCGCGAUGGCCGUCGCGGCGGCGGAGAAGGCAGUGAGGUGCCUCGGCCGGGGCUUCGACAUGACGUGCGACACGAGGCUCAAGUACUGCAAGGACGCCGGCGGGUGCCUGGUCGAGCGGAGCGGCGUGGAGACGGCGCCGCUCGCCGUGCCGGGCGUCGGGACGGUCGGCGGCGUGCCCGUCGACGUCAAGUGCGGCAAGGGCGACCGCGUCCGGCUCAAGUCCGGCGUGCUCGAGUUCAACAAGAUGUCGGAGCUGUUCAACCAGCGGAGCUCGGUGGAGGGGAAGAUCCCGUCGGGGCUCUUCAACGCGUGCUUCGACCUGGACAGCGGCGUCUGGGCGCAGGACGCCGCCGCCACCAAAUGCCUCGCCAUGGACGGCUACUUUAUCUCCCUCUUCGACCUCCGCCUCGACCGCCGCCCGCUCGCGCUCGCCGACCACGUCCUCCGGGACGUCCCCGCCGCCUGGGACCCCGCAGCCAUCGCAAGGUUCAUCGAGAAGUACGGGACGCAUGUGGUCGUGGGGCUGAGCAUGGGCGGGCAGGACGUGGUGUACGUGAAGCAGCACAAGUCGUCGGCGCUGUCGCCGUCGGAGAUCAAGGAGCAUCUGGACAGGCUCGGCGACCAGCUCUUCACCGGGGCCUGCGCCAUGCCUCCCCUGCGCGGCAAGUCCAAAGACAAGUACAAGAUGCCGGAGGCCUUCAACGUGUUCGACGCCCAGGUAGCACAGCAGCGGCUUCAGGCAGGGAUCACCACUCUGGUAUCUUCCAGAGAGGGCGUGACCGUGAUAUAUUCCAAGAGGGGAGGCCGCACGGCGGUGGGCAGCCACUCGGAGUGGCUCCACACCGUGCCGGCGAUGCCCGACCUGAUCAACGUCAAGGCCGUGCCCAUCACCUCCCUCGUCAAGGGCGUCGCCGGCGCCGGCUACCUCUCGCACGCCAUCAACCUCUACCUCAGAUAUAAGCCUCCUGUCGCUGACCUCAAGUACUUCCUGGAUUUCCAGCAUCACAAGAUGUGGGCGCCGGUGCUCGGCGAGCUGCCCCUCGGCCCGUGCUCCAACCGGCAGGGCCCCAGCCCGGCGCUGCAUUUCAGCCCGCUGGGUUCCAAGCUCUAUGUCAGCUCAAGCCAGGUGAUUGUUCCUAAAUUGCCGGUCACUGGGAUGCGGCUGCACCUGGAAGGCAAGAAACACAACCGGUUAGCCGUCCACCUGCAGCACCUGUCGACCACCCCGACGUUCAUCGCCGCCGCGCGCCACGACAAGCCGAUGGCGUGGCGAGGGUCGGAGGCGGCCUCCGACGACCGCUUCUACGAGCCGGUCCAGUGGCGGAUGUUCGCGCGCGUGUGCACCGCGCCGGUCAAGUACGACCCUGGGUGGCGGGGCGCCGGCGACCGGGACCGGCGUGCGGCCUGGGUCGUGACGGGCGCGCGGCUCCACGUCGCGGCGCACGACGGCACCGACGUCCUGCACCUCAGCCUCAUCUACGCCGAGCUCCCCGGCUGCGCCGUCGUGCAGUCCAGGUGGGCGCACGGCGCGGCGAGGCUGUCGGGGAAGUCGAGCUUCCUGUCGGCCGUGUCCCCCGCGGGGUCUUCCGGUGGUGGCAGCGGCGGUUCGCAGAAGGACAGGCAGCAGCCGGGUAAGCCGGAGGGCGUUAACAUCGACUCCGGCGUGCUCGCCGGCGGGCCGCCUGUGCCGGUGGCCGCCCAGAAGAUGCUGAGGCUCGUGGACACCUCGCAGGUGACCAUGGGGCCGCAGGACAGCCCCGGGUACUGGCUCGUCACCGGCGCAAGGCUCGACGUCGACAACGGGAGGAUCUCUCUGCACGUUAAGUUUUCCCUGCUUGCCCCGGCUUCCUGACACGGUGUUCAUUCACCCAGAGAUUGUACAGUUUUCUGAUGCUCAAAACUAACCACUGUAAGAGCACGCAUCUUGCUUUGCCCUUUUUGUUUUGCAACCAUUCUUUCAUGUUUUAGCUA